UUAUGGAGGGGAGAGUAUAUCUACCCCUCAUUUUGUGUGCCGCUCCAUCAUAAAGCAGCAAGGAUACUCAUCUAGCUACCACUGAAACAUGGCCCCGAAGAAAGCAAAGAAGAGAGCCGAGGGAGCCGGCUCCAAUGUGUUCUCCAUGUUUGAACAGGCCCAGAUCCAGGAGUUCAAAGAAGCUUUCACUAUCAUGGACCAAAACAGAGACGGUUUCAUUGACAAGAACGACCUGAGAGACACUUUUGCAGCUUUAGGCCGUUUAAAUGUCAAGCAAGAAGAGAUUGAUGAGAUGCUGAAGGAGGCACCAGGACCGAUUAAUUUCACAGUCUUUCUCACCAUGUUUGGAGAGAAGCUUAAAGGCGCUGACCCGGAGGAGACCAUCCUCAACGCUUUCAAAGUCUUUGAUCCUGAGGGAAAAGGAUCGUUAAAGAAAGACUUCGUGACAGAGAUGCUAACAACCCAGGCAGACAGGUUCUCCCCCGAAGAGAUGGAACAGAUGUUUGCGGCUUUUCCACCAGAUGUGGCAGGAAAUCUGGACUACAAUAACCUGGUCCACGUCAUCACACAUGGUGAAGAGAAAGACCAAGAAUAGAUUUGUUAUUCCUGAGAUUGCACUCUGGACAUUUAAACCAAUGGGUCAUGUUUGAGCGACAUGUGUGCAUGAUCACACAUGACUACUGCAGAAAUUCAAAGCUAAAAAUAACUAUUUCACAUUUCAGCUUCAGUUUGUUGAAUUACAUACUUGUUUAUGGAUGCAUUAAUUGAGUAUGAAUUUAAAUGUUAUAGUAUGUAUAGUUCUGUCUAUUACACUGUGUACAUGUAUUUGCUUCUCUUAAUAUGUAAUAGGUGAAAUUAAAAGUUUAUGUGACCACAGAAAAGGAA